AUGUCAAGUUCGGGUCAAGCGACACUGGGCUUGUAUAAGAACGCCCUAGAGCAGGCAGUUGGGAUACCAACGGCGCCUACGUACCUGCGCAGCCCACGAAUCAAAACGUCAACCCAGCAACUCGCGGCCCACGGACUACCUCCCACCGCACUGCCAACUUCGUGUGCUCUGUAUGAGGACGUGCUGUUGUAUGCAGUUUGCGCGACUGCCUACGCGUUGGCUUACCCGCAAGAUAGCGUCGUCGUCGUAUGGGCCUGA